AUGGGUUCGGGCUCGAGCUCUACCACGGUAUUGCAUAGGAUGAAAUCGGCUUUUUUCACAUCAGAAAAGGCUUUGUGGAUUACUCGGUGCAUCGGUGAUGAGGUAUCGGUUUCUUGGAGAAACGACAUUAAGUCUUUCGGUUCCAAUGGCUUCACACCAGUCCACAAGGAAACAAAUACGAGCCCAUACUUUCGGGCCACAUCAUAUCCCCAAGUCGAAGAAGUAUCCGCGACCAAGCAAGCGGGCCGGGGAUCCAAGCCCACUAGCUCGCCCACAAUCUCGUCUACAUGGGCCGGUAACACAUGGAUCCGGCCCAUCAUAAACUGCUCCUGGUGUAAAGACCGGUCAAACGACAGGGGAAACCCAUCGCUAAUCGUCCUGUACCGGAUGUCAAGACCCGACCCGCGUGCUCGGGCGAACAAAUCUUCACCGUCGAUUUUACUUGCCGAUGUGAUGAUCCGAUGGUGGAUGAAUUGGGUGUUGACGAAAGUGAUGACGAAGCACUUGGCGGCGAGGUGCAGGGCUAGCUGGACCGAAGGGUUUAUGUGGCCCUGGAAAGGUGGUGGGAUUAUGAUGAUGUGUGGUGGUUGUUGUCCCAGAAUGAGUGAUUGGGCUGAGCUGUCACAUCAGUUACCAGAUAUUAGUCACUGCCAUUGUCUAUAUUUGCAGUUUAAAUGA